CAAUUAAAGGUAACUUUCCAGUGACCUUUAGAAAUGUGUGGCUAGAGUGUCAUGUGUCUCCUAGGAAUGAUGGGAGGCAACGCUGGGAUAAGAUUGUGAAAAGACUAAUUAAAAUAUUAUGUACGCAAAUUUGUAGUAUAUUUAAAAAAUACAUAUUUAAGGCAGGGGAGUGAUUUCAUUAGAUUUCAAUUCUGAAGGAAGCCACAGGGUGAGCUAGAGGGAAAGACGCAGAGAAAUUGGAGCUUAUAUAAAUAAAGUAGUAGAGAUUAAGAAAGGGUGAAGACGACAUACACCAGGUAAAAUGAACAGCAACUAAAGGAUCUGCAGGAGAGGAAUAAUACAUUAGUAACUAAUGUAUUAUUAGAGUAACUAUUAGUUACUCUAAUAAUAAAUUAGAGGAGUAGAAUCUUUACAUCCAGAUCAAUGGUUAGAUUUUAUAUAUAGUUGCCUCUUGGUAUAACCUCUAAAAACUUUCCAUUUGAAAUUUAACUUGUGAUUCAAGAAUUUAUCAGUAAAACCCCCAUAUACAAUGGCCAUAAGCAAGGUGAACGAACUGUUGGUGGAUAUCUGAAAAAUCCAGAAAAAAAUUUCUAAACACUAUCUAGAACCUAGAAAUUAUGCGUAUCAGAAGAGGAAAGGAAAGGGAGUAUCCAGCAUGCAUAGUUAGGAAAAAAUUUCCUCAGUUACUGACUCCUGCCCCCUGUUCAACACUGGGAACCAGAGCUCCUGUCAUAGAAUUUUAAUGAUUAAAAAAAUAGAAAAUGUAAUAUUCACUAUAAGGUGACUUAGAAUUUCAUGGGUUCUAUUUAUAAAGGACUUUGUAAAUUUAAGUAUAUUUGGAAAGCUAUUCUUCUGUUUGGGAAGGAUCUGGGGUAUAAUGACAUAGGUUUAGAUUCUAGGCUAUUUUAAUACUGUUCUGAUUGUUUUAGCAGCUUCUCAUACACAAAUCCUCUAGGCAACAAGAAUAUAAUUAUGGAAUUAAAAUCCUAUCUUGGCAUCCAAAACAUUCAUGAGAAAAGCAAGAGUUAUCAUUGUAUUUAUGUUGAACAUCUCACAAUUCUCGGUAAGUGGUUCUCAAUCUAUCUCCACCUAUGGAUACCCAUCAGUAACUAGUCCUAGCAGAGCAUAUCAGAAUCAAGGUCCCAUAAAGUGCUGUCCUAGAUUUUAUAAACAUAAUAUGCUUUCCAAAGAAUAUGAAAUUUCUCAAAUGGGAAAUAAUAAAGACUUCCUGGUUGACAUUAAUUUUCAAGGAUUUUUGCUAGUCAUGUGCUGAGAUUAUCAACUGUCUAUUGUUUUUAGUACCAAUAGAGAGAGAUAAGGACAGAGUUUGUCCAAACAAAGUGAAACUAAAAAUUUAACUGUGCAGAUAACAAAUGGACAAAAAAAUACUCUUGCUUUAUUCAUCAAAUAACUUUUAAAAAACUUAACUGGCAAGACUGUUCCCACUUCCCACAAAUAGCCUGUAUUUCUCCACAUUCUCAACAGUAAUUCUAAAAUUCUGUGGAGUCAUAAACUAUAUUAUGAUAUUACCAGAAAUAUAAAUCUCAAAGUUUCAAUAUUUUGUUACAAAUUUAUUAAGACUUAUUUUGCAAAAAGGUGCCUAUAGAGUUUAUGUGUAGUAUGUCACAACCAAAUGGCACAGUUUAAAAAGGUCUGUGAUGUGCUUUCAGAAAACAUAUAUAUAAUUCAUACAAUUCUUUUUUGUAAGAUAAUGAUAAAAUGUAGUACAGAUAUAAUUCAAGUCUUUAUCAUCCGAAUCAUUCUUCUGAUUACAAAAUUCUUUAUCUGCAAUGGUUACUGUUUUUCUGGGGCUUUUUCCUUUUACUUACCACUCUAGUAAUUCAAUAAAGAAAUUAGUCUGAGGCACAGGAAGCCCCUAUCCUUAAGGCACCUUUAUCAUAUUUUCAAAGCAUAACAUUAAAAACUAGUAGUUAGUUCCUACUUUUAGGGACUUCAGAAAUGGGUAUUUGUUAUGACCUUAUUCUUCACAACCCAGCAUUACAGCUAUUUAAUAACUAGGAAAAAAGAAAAUUAAAAAAAAUUGCUGAGCACAGAUCAUUUUACAAAUUAUGGUAGUGUUACGUUUUAUUACUUCAUGAUAAACAUUUUUUUUCGAGUAGACCAUGUGUACUUAUUUCCCUUUCCCUACUUCCCAAAGGUGAAUAUACCCUUCCAUACAAUGAACACAUAUUUGGAAUUCUGUUUUGAGAUCUUUUUGAAGGCUUUAAACCAAACUGUUUCAACAGCUGGUGGACUAAAACAUGAGUAUUUCCCACAAACGAAAAUAAUUAUUUUGGGAAUGCAGCUACCACAUUCAAACUCACUAGGCUUGGAAGGUGGGCCUUUGCACCAAAUCCAAUCACUGGCGAUUAGGAUUAGAGUUUUAUCAUUAACCUCGAGUGAGUCAAGACUGACCAAUGGACUGGGAAAAAAAAGUAUAAAAGAAUUUUGAUUUAUAAAUGCUUUUAAAAAGAGUGAAGUAGGACACUACCGUGCUUGAAAGGGGUGUUUCCUUCCACACUUAUAAAGGGUUAUAACUUAGGCCCGCAGUUACAGUUAUGAAAGAAACCGUCAACUAAACUGCAGCAGGUUAAACCGACACAGUUACUAACGUCCCGGAGUUGCUUUUCUGUUGCGAGUCGGCACCGCACCCUCCACCCCGCCCUCCAGGAAAAGACUUAGAAAGGUAGUAAAAGCUUUUUACUGAACCAGGCAAGGGCUACCCACAAAUGAAUCAAUCACAGGAGGACAACAACUCGGUCUCUCUCUUUCUCCGUCUCCUCAGGAGCCCCGCCCUUUCGGGGCAUGAGACCCCCGAGGGAGCCCGUGUCACACGUCGCCUAAGCGUAGGAGGCGGCGGGAGGUGACCACAGUUGCCCAACAGUUGGGUUCCCAGGCUGCCUGGUGUGACGCACAGCCCCCUGCCCACCCCUCCGGACAGGCGCUCAGACUAGGCCGAGGGAGCUAUGGUUCCAGGCCUGGGCAACCAGACUCCACGCAAGAUCCUGCUCCCUCGGCUUAUCCAACUUGGCCCUCCCGCGGCACUCCUAGCCCCAACGUAGUUUUUAGCGUUUCCCCACCCCCCUGCUUCCCCCGUAGCUUCUCAGUCUCUCCGCCGCGACGUCCUUGCGUAAUCGUUCCGAGUGACAGCAGCGUCCAUACCCGCACGGAGCGAGCCUGCAGCUCCCACUUCCCGGAAUUCAAUUCCCGGCCACUAAGAGAGGGCGCCCGAGCAAGGAUCAGCGGCCCACGGCCGUGGCCAGAGUCCGGCGGCCUCCGCGCGGCGAGCGUGCGCGCUCCCAUUCAUGCGCGUGCGCGCAUUCACUCUUCGCCCUCCUCAGCACCAAUAGCUUUCCUUCUACACCCCACGACUCCACAACGUAGCCCCUCCCACCGCCCGCGCGCCAGCCGGAGGUGUUCGGCGUGCGCGCUCCCGUUCGCCCGCCGGCCCGCCUCGCGCCCAGUGGGGAAGGGGAGUGAGCAGAGGAGCUUACGUCGCGCGGGAGGCGGAGGCGACGGCGACCUCGGUGGUGGCGGCGGCGGAGGCGGCUACGACGGAGACGGUUGCGCUCGCUCUCUCGGCGUCAUGGCGGCUGCCGGGAGCCGAUAAGCGGCGGGAGCGGGAGCGCGCGCGUGGUCGCGGCGACAACGACGGCUCGUUAAUUCUCGCUUUUGCUGCCUUCGCCGUUGGUGCUUCAAUAAUGAAUUGAUUGUUGGAUCCGCUCCGCAGGGGAUCGCGCGUUGGUGCCGCGGCCCGGGGCUUCCCCUUCCCCUCCGCGUCCUUCCCCUUCCCCCUCCUCACGGACUCCUGCUUACCCCGAGACGCCCGGAGCCCGAGGACUCACUCGGCGGCAGAGACCGCGGGCCCGGGCGCGGGGGAGGCCGCCGACCCGAGUCGGCUCCCUCCGCCCCGCGAAGCCUGCACGCCCGCCGGUGAAUCAAAAAGGGCCCAGGAAGCCUGUGAAUGUUGGAGAAAAUUCAUCUGUGAAUUUUUGAUGUUUAAGGAGUUCGUAUUUGUAUUCAUCUUUUAAACUGGGAAGAUUUAUAUUUUAUUUUAAAACUUCUUGAUAUUUACAAUGAAUGGACACAGUGAUGAAGAAAGUGUUAGAAACAGUAGUGGAGAAUCAAGCCAGUCGGAUGAUGAUUCUGGGUCAGCUUCAGGCUCAGGAUCUGGUUCAAGUUCUGGAAGCAGUAGUGAUGGAAGCAGUAGCCAGUCAGGUAGCAGUGACUCUGAAUCUGGAUCUGAAUCGGGCAGUCAGUCAGAGUCUGAAUCAGAUACUUCCCGAGAAAACAAAGUCCAAGCAAAACCACCGAAAGUUGAUGGAGCUGAGUUUUGGAAAUCUAGCCCUAGUAUUCUGGCCGUUCAGAGAUCUGCAAUGCUCAAGAAGCAGCAGCAGCAGCAGCAGCAGCAGCAGGCUUCAUCUAAUAGUGGAUCAGAGGAGGAUUCCUCCAGCAGUGAAGAUUCUGAUGACUCAUCGAAUGAGGUCAAAAGGAAAAAGCAUAAAGAUGAAGAUUGGCAAAUGUCUGGGUCAGGAUCUCCAUCUCAGUCUGGUUCAGAUUCAGAAUCUGAAGAAGAAAGAGAUAAAAGCAGUUGUGAUGAAACAGAAUCUGAUUAUGAGCCAAAAAACAAAGUUAAAAGCAGAAAACCUCAAAAUAGAUCUAAGGCAAAAAAUGGGAAGAAAAUUCUUGGACAAAAAAAGAGACAGAUUGAUUCAUCUGAGGAGGAAGAUGAUGAAGAAGAUUAUGAUAAUGAUAAAAGAAGUUCUCGUCGCCAAGCAACUGUCAAUGUUAGCUAUAAAGAAGAUGAAGAAAUGAAAACAGAUUCUGAUGAUCUACUGGAAGUCUGUGGGGAGGAUGUUCCUCAACCUGAGGAAGAGGAAUUUGAAACAAUAGAACGUUUUAUGGAUUGUCGGAUUGGGAGAAAAGGAGCUACUGGUGCUACUACAACCAUCUAUGCAGUUGAAGCAGAUGGUGACCCAAAUGCAGGAUUUGAAAAAAACAAGGAACCAGGCGAGAUCCAAUAUUUAAUUAAAUGGAAAGGAUGGUCCCAUAUUCACAAUACUUGGGAGACAGAAGAAACCCUUAAGCAGCAGAAUGUUAGAGGAAUGAAAAAAUUGGAUAAUUAUAAGAAAAAAGAUCAGGAAACAAAAAGAUGGUUGAAAAAUGCUUCUCCAGAAGAUGUGGAAUAUUACAAUUGCCAGCAGGAACUCACAGAUGAUCUACACAAACAGUAUCAAAUAGUGGAACGAAUAAUUGCUCAUUCCAAUCAGAAGUCAGCAGCUGGUUAUCCUGAUUAUUAUUGCAAGUGGCAGGGCCUUCCAUACUCAGAGUGCAGCUGGGAGGAUGGAGCUCUAAUUUCCAAAAAGUUUCAAGCAUGCAUAGAUGAGUAUUUUAGCAGGAAUCAGUCAAAAACCACUCCUUUUAAAGAUUGCAAAGUAUUAAAACAAAGGCCAAGAUUUGUAGCCCUAAAGAAGCAACCAUCCUAUAUUGGAGGACAUGAGAGUUUAGAAUUAAGAGAUUAUCAACUGAAUGGUUUAAAUUGGCUUGCUCACUCUUGGUGCAAAGGAAAUAGUUGCAUACUUGCUGAUGAAAUGGGCCUUGGAAAAACAAUACAGACGAUCUCAUUUCUGAACUAUUUAUUUCAUGAACAUCAAUUAUAUGGACCUUUUCUGUUAGUAGUACCACUUUCCACUCUUACUUCCUGGCAAAGGGAAAUUCAGACAUGGGCUUCUCAAAUGAAUGCUGUGGUUUAUUUAGGUGACAUUAACAGCAGAAAUAUGAUAAGAACUCAUGAAUGGAUGCAUCCCCAGACCAAACGGUUAAAAUUUAAUAUACUUUUAACAACUUACGAAAUUUUAUUGAAGGAUAAGGCAUUCCUUGGAGGUCUGAAUUGGGCGUUUAUAGGUGUAGAUGAAGCACAUCGAUUAAAGAAUGAUGACUCUCUUCUGUAUAAAACUUUAAUAGACUUUAAGUCCAAUCACCGUCUCCUUAUUACUGGAACUCCUCUACAAAACUCCCUCAAAGAGCUCUGGUCUUUGCUACAUUUCAUUAUGCCAGAAAAGUUUUCUUCCUGGGAAGAUUUUGAAGAAGAACAUGGAAAAGGCAGAGAAUAUGGUUAUGCAAGCCUCCACAAGGAGCUUGAGCCGUUUCUGUUACGCAGAGUUAAAAAAGAUGUGGAAAAAUCUCUUCCUGCCAAGGUUGAGCAGAUUUUAAGAAUGGAAAUGAGUGCUUUACAGAAACAGUAUUACAAAUGGAUAUUAACUAGGAAUUACAAAGCCCUCAGCAAAGGUUCCAAGGGCAGUACCUCAGGCUUUUUGAACAUUAUGAUGGAGCUAAAGAAAUGUUGUAACCAUUGCUACCUCAUUAAACCACCAGAUAAUAAUGAAUUCUAUAAUAAACAGGAGGCCUUACAACACUUAAUCCGUAGUAGCGGAAAAUUGAUUCUUCUUGACAAACUGUUAAUUCGCCUAAGAGAACGAGGCAAUAGAGUUCUUAUUUUUUCUCAAAUGGUGCGGAUGUUAGAUAUACUUGCAGAAUAUUUGAAAUACCGUCAAUUCCCCUUUCAAAGAUUAGAUGGAUCAAUAAAAGGGGAACUGAGAAAACAAGCUCUAGAUCAUUUUAAUGCUGAAGGAUCAGAGGAUUUCUGCUUUUUGCUUUCCACAAGAGCUGGAGGCCUGGGAAUUAAUUUAGCCUCUGCUGACACUGUUGUUAUAUUUGAUUCUGAUUGGAAUCCACAAAAUGAUCUUCAGGCACAGGCUAGAGCUCAUCGAAUUGGGCAGAAGAAACAGGUGAAUAUUUAUCGUCUAGUUACAAAGGGAUCAGUUGAAGAGGAUAUACUUGAAAGGGCCAAAAAGAAGAUGGUUUUGGAUCACCUUGUGAUUCAGAGAAUGGACACAACUGGGAAGACAGUACUACAUACAGGUUCUGCCCCCUCAAGUUCUACUCCUUUCAAUAAAGAAGAAUUAUCAGCCAUUUUAAAGUUUGGCGCUGAGGAACUUUUUAAGGAACCUGAAGGAGAAGAACAAGAGCCCCAGGAAAUGGAUAUAGAUGAAAUCUUGAAGAGGGCUGAAACUCAUGAAAACGAACCAGGCCCUUUAACUGUAGGAGAUGAAUUGCUUUCCCAGUUCAAGGUUGCCAACUUUUCAAAUAUGGAUGAGGAUGACAUUGAGUUGGAACCAGAAAGAAAUUCAAAGAAUUGGGAAGAAAUAAUUCCAGAAGAUCAAAGAAGACGAUUAGAAGAGGAAGAAAGACAAAAGGAACUUGAAGAAAUUUAUAUGCUCCCAAGAAUGAGAAACUGUGCAAAACAGAUUAGUUUUAAUGGAAGUGAAGGGAGGCGCAGUAGAAGUAGGAGAUAUUCCGGAUCUGAUAGUGACUCGAUCUCAGAAAGGAAAAGGCCAAAGAAACGUGGAAGACCACGGACUAUUCCUCGAGAGAAUAUCAAAGGAUUUAGUGAUGCAGAAAUUCGGCGGUUUAUCAAGAGUUACAAGAAAUUUGGUGGCCCUCUGGAAAGAUUAGAUGCAAUUGCUCGGGAUGCUGAAUUAGUUGAUAAGUCAGAGACAGACCUCAGACGACUAGGAGAAUUGGUGCAUAAUGGUUGCAUUAAAGCUUUAAAGGAUAAUUCUUCAGGAACAGAACGAACAGGUGGUAGACUUGGAAAAGUGAAGGGUCCAACAUUCCGAAUAUCAGGUGUACAGGUGAAUGCCAAGCUUGUCAUCUCCCAUGAAGAAGAAUUAAUACCAUUGCACAAAUCCAUUCCUUCAGAUCCAGAAGAAAGAAAACAGUAUACUAUCCCAUGCCACACAAAGGCAGCUCAUUUUGAUAUAGACUGGGGCAAAGAAGAUGAUUCCAAUUUGUUAAUUGGUAUCUACGAAUACGGAUAUGGAAGCUGGGAAAUGAUUAAGAUGGAUCCUGACCUCAGUUUAACACACAAGAUUCUUCCUGAUGAUCCUGAUAAAAAACCACAAGCAAAGCAGUUGCAGACACGUGCAGACUACCUCAUCAAAUUACUUAGUAGAGAUCUUGCAAAAAGAGAAGCUCAGAGACUUUCUGGUGCAGGAGGGUCAAAGAGGAGGAAAGCAAGAACUAAGAAGAAUAAAGCAAUGAAGUCUAUAAAAGUGAAAGAAGAAAUAAAGAGUGAUUCUUCACCCCUGCCUUCAGAGAAGUCCGAUGAAGAUGAUGAUAAGGAUGAGAUCACUUCUGUGAAACAUCCAAAUAAAAAAAUUAAAACAGAAAGAGACAGUGAAGAAAGACCUGAGCCAGAUGUUUUUAUAAAGAAGGAAUCAGAAGAAAAGAGGGAAGCAAAAGAAAAAGAGAAUAAAAGAGAACUUAAGAGGGAGAUAAAAGAAAAAGAGGAUAAGAAAGAUAUAAAGGAAAAAGAUUUUAAAGAGAAAAGAGAAAACAGAGUAAAAGAAGCUAUACAGAAAGAAAAAGACAUAAAGGAAGAAAAGUUGAGCGAAUCCAAGUCUGAUAGCAAGGAAAGAUCCAAGAAAUCUUCAGUGUCAGAUGCUCCAGUUCAUAUCACCGCAAGUGGUGAACCAGUUCCCAUAUCUGAAGAAUCUGAAGAGCUAGAUCAGAAGACAUUCAGCAUUUGUAAAGAAAGGAUGAGGCCUGUCAAAGCAGCUUUGAAACAACUUGAUAGGCCUGAAAAAGGCCUUUCAGAAAGAGAACAACUGGAGCAUACUAGACAGUGUUUAAUAAAAAUUGGAGACCAUAUCACAGAAUGUCUGAAAGAGUAUACAAAUCCUGAACAAAUCAAGCAGUGGAGAAAAAACCUGUGGAUUUUUGUAUCUAAGUUUACGGAGUUUGAUGCAAGAAAAUUACAUAAAUUAUAUAAACAUGCUAUUAAAAAACGGCAGGAAUCUCAGCAAAAUAAUGACCAGAACAGCAACUUGAAUGCUCAAGUGAUUAGAAAUCCAGAUGUGGAAAGAUUAAAAGAGAAUACAAAUCACGAUGAUAGCAGCAGGGACAGUUAUUCAUCUGACAGACACUUAUCUCAAUAUCAUGAUCAUCAUAAAGACCGACAUCAGGGAGAUUCUUACAAAAAGAGUGACUCUAGGAAAAGACCCUAUUCUUCUUUUAGCAAUGGUAAAGAUCAUCGUGACUGGGAUCAUUACAAGCAGGAAAGCAGGUAUUACAGUGAUAGAGAGAAACACAGAAAACUGGAUGAUCACAGGAGUAGAGAUCACAGGUCAAAUUUGGAAGGAAGUUUAAAGGAUAGAUCUCAUUCUGAUCAUCGUUCUCAUUCAGAUCAUCGGUUACAUUCAGACCAUCGGGCAAGUUCUGAAUAUACACACCAUAAAUCUUCCAGGGAUUAUAGGUAUCACUCAGAUUGGCAAAUGGACCACAGAGCUUCCAGUAGUGGCCCCAGAUCACCACUAGAUCAGAGAUCUCCUUAUGGCUCCAGAUCUCCAUUUGAACACUCAAUUGAACACAAAAGUACACCUGAGCAUACCUGGAGUAGUCGGAAAACAUAACAAAAACUGACAUUUUGUCUUUCUGGACUUUUCUUUUAGCCAUAUAUCAUAAACCAACACAGUAAUUGCCUUACAUGACUUGAAAGAUAUAAACAGAUCUUCUAUCAGUAGCAGUAUUGUUACUUCUUUCCAGGAUGCAAGGUCUAUUAUCCCAACAGAAGAGAAAAUAUUUUUAUAUUUAAGGAUUAUGCUGCACUGUACUACAAAUACUGUAGUACUUUUUUUUUUUUUUCUUUUUUAAAGAAAUGGAAAAUGUUUACUAUUACAGGGACCUCAACACUGCCCUUCCAUAUAGGCUGGAUAAAACUGUUUUUAAGUCAGUGAUUUUAGACUGACCUCCAUUUAAAUUAUGUUUGUAUAUGAACUUUACUCUGACCUGUGAUCAUGUUUCAGGAAGGAAUGAAAGAGAGUUCUUUUCUUAAUAAAGAAAAAACACUCAAGGACUUUGUUCACUUUCCAAAGCUACUUGUUUACAUUGUACACUGCGACCACCUUGCCGCUUUUCAUCACAAGCUUGAAUAUUUAAAUUCUGUACUUAUAUCUGUAAAAUAGCCAGGAAUUUCCUGUUUGUGAGCUAUUAUUAUGCCUUUUUACACACACACACACACACACACACACACACACACACACACACAAAUGGCUGUAAAUUAUUGUAAAUGGAUUAAAUGAGCUUUCCUUACUUCCUUUCCCUUCUCAGGCUUUUUUUGACUGUUCCUUUCCCUACCAACUCAGGCCUUCUUAUCAUUUAAAAAUAUCAGUGUAAUAACACUUUUUAAUGAUUUGUCUUGAUGGAAUCAUUGUUUAGAAUGUAAAAAAUGGGGAAAGGGGCCACUUAAUUCCAUUAGUCCUCUUUUUAUAUUGACUAUUUUAUUAGAUACAUGUUAUUUCUUUUUUUUCUUUUUUAGUAAAUAUUGUGUUUGUAGUAACAAAAUGGUGAGAUAAUAUGUAAAAUCUAAACUGCAUGCUCUGGAAACAUUUUUUUCAGAUGCAUUUGGUUUAAAAGGGUAGGUGUAUGAACACUUUUCAGAAUCCAAAAUGGCCAAAAGUUAUUGUAAAUCCAUUUGUUUUCCCUUUUCAUGUGGGCAAUAAUGUCAAAUGUGCUAUGCAGCCAGGUAACAUUUUAGAUAAACUUGAUUGACUUUUAAUAUAAACUGUUACAAUGCACACUGAUUGUAUAUAAAAACCUUAUAUAUGACAAAUUAAAUUUAAGAAAAAGGAUAUGUGGGCUCCUGUAAUUUUCUGCUGCAUUCUUAUUCCCUCAAGCACUUAACUUUUUUUUUUUUUUUAAGUAGUAACGUUUAGCUACCAGGAAAAAGGUAUUUUGGUAAGCAGUUAACUAUUGUUAAUGUGUGGCACUACAGCUAAAUCUAUUUUGAAGAUUAUAUGAAUCUGUGAAGUAAAAUUUAGAUCGUAGAAAUCUUUGUUGGACUCUUGUUGGUUUCCUGCAGAUUUUAUUUUAGAAAGCCUUAUAUUUAUUCACAGAUUUUUAUUUUGUUAUAUUCAGUGGGAAUUUUUGAAUCAUGUAGCAUACAUUCUUGGAUGUGUGCUGUGCUGUAGCAAAUUUGAAUCUUAACCUUGACAAAUAUAAGUAUAUUGGUAUAUGCCUAUAAUAUUCUUAAAUGUGUCCUGUUGAUUAACUGUGGGAGCAAUCUAUGGAAAUUUGUCCAUAGAUGGAUGUAGUUUUUAAACAUUUUCCUUUUAUCCAUUUAGGUCUAAAAUUUUAUGUGUACAAAACAAAGCUUUCCUCCCCCCCCCUUUUUUUGAGUAGUGAUACCUCUUUUAGUUACCCUGGAAAAUAAUAAUCUCUUUUUUCCUGGCAUAUCAGAUAACAUAGGAAGAAUAACUCAUUUUCUAAACAUUAAUUUAUAAUUAAAUAUAAAAGUGAUUAAACAGUUUAGUGCCGGUACACAUUUUUUAAGCUUUUCAACUUUUUUCCACAUUUAGUAUAAAUGAUUAUUCCACAAGAUAGCAUUUAACAAAAAAAUAUAAUACUUAAUGAAAUUCUAAUUUUAACACAGUAAACAGAUCAGGGUUGGCAUUUUUAAUUCAUUUUGUAGCUGGGAUAUUUGCAUUAUAUCCUAUUGUACAGAUUUCAUAGAAGAACAUUAUUACAUAUUUUGAGGCAAUGGAAUGGGCUCUGAUUUCUUAACAAUGCCACAUUUAGUUGAAUAUUUUAGUCACCUAAUUAGUUGAGUUGAAUGAAAAAUCUAAAACUGUAUGUAACAUUAAUUGAUGGAAAAUACGUUCAUUAUUUGUAAGAAGUCGCAAUCCUGUAGAAGAGGAAUAAGCCAUAAAUUUAUUAAAACACAAUGGAGAAGAACAUUAGUGCAUAGAUAUCACAGGGAACAUUCUCUAUAAAAUAUGCUUAAAUUUUGUCUUUUACAUGCUCAUUCUGCUUUGCUAUUUUUAACCAUUUGUGUUUAAAUUUUCAAGGGUGAGAGAUUAUGCAUAGUACUGUACCAGUUAACCCUCCACUUUAAUAAUAUACAAUAAAUGAUUCUUAUUAAAAGCAAUGGCCUGUUUGCUUAUAAAGAAAAUAUUCUUUGUUCAGGAUAUGUUAGAAAAUAAUUUUAGACUGGAAAGCUGUGGAAAACUGGAGUGUGAAUGAUUUCAUUAAUUUCAGAGUGAGUGGCUUAAUAAAACAAACCUUUAUAGCACAAAACAUAGUAGAUUACAUAUGUGAUAAUUUCUAUAAUCCAUUUUUGUAGUUAAGUAAGGAAAAGGUUGUAUAGAUACACUGAUUGACACUGAUUUCAUUUCCAUGAGAUUUAAAGAAUACUCACUGGGGUAAUUGGCAUAAUUCCUGUUCGUUACUCUGUUUCUGACUAAGUAAUAAUGGAGUUUUAUAGUUGUGAUUUUUUUUUUUUUUUUUUGCAAGGAGUGUAGUGAUUUGGGGUGGGGGUAGGUGGUGGAAAAACAGCUAAUUUUUAAAUACAGGAUUCUUUUGGAUUUACCCAACUUCAUUUGAAAUUGUAAUGUGAACUCACAAAUGUGGCUUCAUUGUUAAAAUUUUAAGUGGUUUGUUACUUAGCAAAUAAUGCAAAAAAUACUUUUAAAUGUUUCUAAAUUGAUAUUUAAGCAUGUUAAUAUAAACCAACUAUCAAACCCAUUACUUAAAUUCAAGACUCAAUUUAAAAAUACAGACAGAUCUAUUACAUAUAUUUUAGCACUUCAUGCAAGAUUUGUGAUGAACACGUUUAAGGGCAGAUAACUAGGCAAUAGUACAACAAAAACACCCUGAGACAAAAUAAUGUCAAAAACACUUCUGUGUUGAAAUUUUUAAGUCUUCUAAAUUUAGACAUUUAAAACAAAGCAAUUGAUACUAUAUUUUCUCCUGACAAUGACUGCAGUAAUUGACUUUAUAGAUGCUUUAUGCUAAUUUUUUCCUUCUUUUUUCAACCUAAUAGAUUGAUUUUAUUACAGGAAAUGUUUGGAUUCUUUAUAAAGAAAGACCCAAGGGUAAGAAAUAUUAACUACAUUAAAGAAUGAAAAGUAAGAUUAUUUGGUAAAGUAGGAUUAAAAAAUACUUUCCAGAUUUUUUCCAAAUAUCUAUACAAAUUCUUCAAUGGGGCUUCAUGUGCCAUAUUUUCUAUCCUAAAAGGCCAUUAGUCACCUUGUCCUUUAUUUAAAACAAACUUAACCAAUCUUUAUUUGAAACUGGAUUGGUAGUUCAAACUCCCAAAUGAAUAAGAUGCUUUUAAUUCUAUGUCCCAGUCUACAUUUGAGUCUUGAUCUAAAUAUUAAAUUGAAAUGGUAUAAAUAGUCCCCAAACAAAACCUGAGCUCAUCAUGUUUCUCUUAAAUGAGCUAAGAUACUGACUGCACUGAUCUACAUUAUCUGGCAGGAAUGUGGAUUACCUUGUAGUUUUACUAUUGUAGACUACUGUUAGGUUUCCAAUCUGUCAGUGAGCUGUGGAACUGACCUGGCACUCACUGUUCUUUCCACUUUUUACCUUUCAAAACUUUGCUUUGUCUCUGGUGUUCUUCAGUUUCACUAUGCUGAGUUUAGGUGUGGUUUUGUUUAUUUUUUAAAUUUUUUUAAUUUUAUUUUGUUAGUCACCAUAAAAUACAUCAUUAGUUUUUGAGGUAGUGAUCCACAAGUCAUUGUUUUCGUAUAACACCCCAUGCUCCGGGUUAACCCAAGGAUGGGUAUUAAGGAGGGCACAUAAUGCAUGGAGCACUCUAUAUUUUUUAGAUCAGGUCUUGCCUUGACCAGUUCUUUCUACUUUCUGGAAACCUGUGGUAUUACUCUCAUAACGUUUUUGAUUUCUGUCCUCUGUCUCACCAGCUUUACUGUUUUUCCUUUUCUUUCCAUUUCUCUGCUGAGUAUCUUCAGCUUCAGCUACUCCCCUGAACUCAUCUCCACUUCGAUAUCUAAUAGGCAUCUAAUCUUAAAAUAUGGAAAACCAGACUCAGCCCUUCUCCACCAAUAACAUUAAGAAAAAACACAACUGCCAAUGUUCCAUAAUUUUUGAUAAAUGAAUGGACUUGGCAUUCACAACUUUAUAAUAUGUGGCACUUGACCCCUAGCUAUUUCUAGUCUUUCUCUCUCACUCAUGCUACUCCAUUGUUUAGAAUACCCCAAAGAAUAAUUCUGGGACUUUGCAUUGCUGGUCCCUCUGUCAAGAAUACCUUUAUCCCUAAUUUGUACAAAGCUUACUCCCUCGCUUAAAUAAUUAAAGUCUCUGCUCACAUGUCACGUCAAGUCUCUAAACUGGUACCCUGCCCCUGUCAAUCAUUUUUAAAUCCCUUUUCUUUUCCUUCUAGCACUUACCAUUACUUGACUUCUGGUUUUUUUCAUUUGUCAUUGACUGCCUCCCCAUGAACAUGUAAGUUCCAUUAGGGGAAGGACUUCAUCUUAUCCACUGCUGUAACCCCAGGAGCUAACCCAAUGCCUCACAUAUCAGUUGCAUUUUUUUCAUUAUUUUGGUUCUUUCCCAGAAAUGCUAUGUGCCAUAAGUGGCCAGCAUUAUUAAACUUUUUGUCUUUCCGUUAUCACCUGAUCUGUUAGUAUAUUUGGAAACAUUUAUAUGCCUUAUCAGUAUCUCUUAUUACUAGAGUCUUUUUACUAUCUUUUGCUUUUUAACUAAUAAGAAUCACCUGAAACAUAAAUACCUAAGUCUCAUCUAGAAAUUAAAAUAUAGAAAGGCCUUAAUACGAUUUGGGGGAUUUUAAUAUUUAUUUUAUUGACUUGAAUAAUACAGAGGUUAAGUCUCCUCUUAAAACACUAUGCUUAUAUAUAAAUAAAAAACUGGUAUUUGUAACUUAUGGCUGCUUAGGAAAGAUGAUACUUUGUGAAGAGAUAUUCAGAGGUGUGGUAUGUAAUAGGAAAAUAUAAAACAUUUUAUUUUGUUCCUUUAUCUUUUGAUAAGAAAUAUGUUUUUAGGUGGCAUGAUAGACUUUUUCUACUCGAAAGAACACAACUUGUAAAGACACCAUAAUGCAAGAGAAACAUGUUGCAUUUCCAAUGUCUUUAAGGUGAAAUAGCCAAAAAAGAAAAAAUUCCCUCCCUGGCUGGUUUUUGAUAUUUUUUCCCAUUAAAAAUUUAGAUCAUGUUUACAUAAGGUAAAUUCAUCCUUUUUAGGUAUACAUUGUAAUAAGCUUUGACAUAUUAUACAGUUAUUCAACCACCAACAUAUUUAAGAUACAAAAACCUUUCCAGCACCCCAAAAAAGUUAUCCUGUACUAAUUUCCCCAUACUUAGUCCCUGGCAACCACUGAUUUGCCCCCAUAGUUUUACCUUUUCCAUAAUGUUAUUUAAAAGGAACAUACAAAAUAUAGGCUUUGAGCCGACCUUUCACUUAGUAUAAUGUUUUUGAGAUUCAUCUGUGUUUUUGCAUUAACAGUAGCUCAUUACUUUUUAAGUGCUGUUCUUCAUACUGAAUGUUCUACAGUUUGUUUAUCCAUUCACCAACUGGGUUUCCAGUCGUUUGGCCAUUAUGAAUAAAGAUGCAAUAAACUGUCAUGGACAAGUCUCUGGAUAGGCAUAUUCUAACCUUGGGAAGUACUUUGGGAUUUCUAGGUUGUAUGGUAAAGUAUAUGUUUUACUUUACAAAAAACUGCCAAACUAUUUUCCAAAGCAGGUAUGCCAUUUUAUGUUCCCACCAGCUAUAGAUGAGAGUUCUUGUUGCUCUUUAACCAUGUGAGCAUUUUGUAUGGUAGGGUUUGCUUGUUUGUUUUUUUCAUGUCGUCAUUCUGGUAGGUGUCUAGGGGUAACGAGUAAUUUGCAUUUCCCUAGUGACUAAUGGUAUUCAACAUCUUUUAAUGUGUUUGUCAUUCUUCUUUCUAAUCUUCAAAUUUUUUUCCAAUUUUAUAAAUAGAAUUGUUGAUACAAUUCACGUAUCAGAUAAACUGCAAAUAUUUUCUCCUAGUCUGUGACUUGUCUUCAUUUUUUUAAGUGUCUUUGGAAAUGCAGAAUUUAAAGAUUUUUGAAAAAAUCCAGUUUUUCCCUUUUUUUCCUUCUAUGGUUCCUUCUUUGUGUGUAGAAAUCUUUGCCUAACACAAGAUCACAAAGAUUUUUCUUACACGUUUUCUUUUAACAGGAUUAUACUUUUAGGAAUUACGUUUAAGUCUGUGAUCCAUCUCAAGUUUUUUGUAUAUAAUGUGCAGAAUGAACGAAAGGUGUGGGGGGGGUUGUUUUUACGUUUUCGUUUUGUUUUUUUGGAUAUGCAUAUCCAAUUUUUCCAGCAUUUGUUGAAAAGACUCUUUUUCCACUGAAUUUCUUUUACUUUAUUGAAAAUCAGUUGUUCAUAUGUAGGUGGGUCUGUGUCUGGGCUUCCUGUUUUGUCCUAUUAAUUUAUAUUUCUGCCUAUGCCAACAACACACUGUUUUGGUUACUGCAAUUUAAAUAGUAAAUUAUGGGAGCACCUGGGUAGCUCAGUCGGUUAAGCGACCGACUCUUGGUUUCAGCUCAGGUCGUGAUUUCAGGGUCGUGGGAGCAAGCCCCAU